AUGAAAUCGAAACAAUCACGUUGUCAAUCCUCCACACGAUCGUCAUCAACAACCCAUUCCAAACCGUCCCGAACAACACCUUCUCAACAAUUUCGACAACUCUCUGCAACUCAAUCACGUUCAUUUUCAUUGAAAAAUUCACCACCAAGACCCACUCAACAAUCCACACAUAAAAUUCCAAACUCAGUCCUAAGUAGAGCUCAUGAAAACACCUCAUUCAAAAGCGUCAGAAGAGAUCUAUUGGGACAUGCUCACUCAUCCUCUAAUAUCAUGUACAGCUCUAACAACAAGGCUCAUUCCGAAAUGGAAAGAAAUUUGUCCUCCAAUAACUAUCACAGCUCAAGUGUGAGACAAAAAGGAGGUUCCAUUGCAAAUUCUAUGAAAAAGCUUCAUUCCAUUCAGAACAGUUCUGCAACAACUCAUGUCAUGAGAGAAAUGAGACAUUCUGGUGAAGGAUAUAAUGCAGUAGUGGCCUCGUUCGAUAAGAGAACUUUUCAAAAUCCAUCUGAAAAGAAACAAAUUAACAUUGCCAGAAGAAAUUUGAAAUAA